AUGACUAGUUUCGAGGAUAUAGUUGGGAGAUUGAAAGCUUAUGAAGAAAGAAUAAGUGAAGAAGAAGAAGAAGAAGUUGAGGAUCGUGGGAAGCUAAUGUAUGUGAAUAAUGAAGCUCAGACCGACGGUUAUGGGACAGGCAUAGGAAGAGGACGCGGUGGUCGAGGCAACUGGAGAGGAGGUAGAGACCGAGGAAGGUAUGGAGCUUUCUACGCGCAAAAGGAAGCCUACAAGCAAGGCCAAUACGGGACUAAGGAGAAGAGUCACAUUACCUGCUUCUCCUGUGAUAAGCUUGGCCACUACGCCUCCGAGUGCCCUGAUGCGAAGCUUAAACUCCAAGAAACCGUAGAAAAAAGUAGGAUGAUACGCAAGAAGCUUAUGAACUGA